GUGGAUUUAAGAGUUGAUGUACCUUAACAUUAUAUCUAGGGAAUAUGUGCCUUACCAGAAUGUGGCCUCGAUAUUUACUGUGGUUCGCGCACGAACAUGUUGACUUUCGUCACGCCGAAAUAAAGUCUAUUUUAUCGAUUUUCAAUAUACCAAUAAGGUUCAUUGAAAAGCCCAGUUAUGAGCAGCCAUACUGGAUUGUGGAACUUCCUGAUGAAGACAGUGCUAAGAAGAUUGCUUCCCGGUCCGUUUCUUUAAAAACAUGCAUAGAGCUCUGGUCUAAAGCAAAAACUAAGUCACAGUUACACAGCAACCUGAAGAAAUCACUAAUAAAUGAGUCUUCAAAGUGGAUUACUUCAGAGACUAAUAACUUUGACGAGACAGACAUUCAUGUGUGCCCCAACAAGUUGAUAAAAGAUUGGUGUCCUGAGAAUAAGUCAUUUAAAAUUGAGGUGGAGACUUUCUGUAGACAUUUCACAUUGAAAGAGAAAGUUGAAAAGAUUGAGGAUUUCAGCUAUCUGCCCAUGGGAGGGCCGGUGAGGCUCAAGAACCCUGAUGUGACCCUCUCCUAUCUGGAGUUCUAUGGAAUGGACCCCAAUAACAUUCCUGAUGAACCAUAUGAAGUUUUCUUUGGAAGAUUAAUAGCGGAAGGUCAGCGUGACCUGAUCCAGUACCACUCACUGAAGAAGCGCAAGUUCAUCGGCAACACCAGCAUGGACGCCCAGCUCGCACUGCUGAUGGCCAACCAGGCCCAGGUCAACAAUGGAGACAUUGUUCUUGACCCAUUUGUUGGGUCAGGCUCUUUGUUAGUGGCCGCUGCUCAUUUUGGAGCCUAUGUAUGGGGUUCAGAUAUAGACUUCAUGAUGCUCCAUGCUAGGACCAGACCCACCAGGGUUGGGCAAAAGGAAAGGACAAAUGAAGAGAGCAUAAGAUCCAACAUGAAACAGUACAAUACAGAGUCUAAAUACUUGGAUGUAGCAGUCAGUGAUUUCUCUCUACCAAUGUGGAAGGAAGAAUUGAAAUUCGAUGCUAUCAUUACAGACCCACCCUAUGGAGUAAGGGAAGCGACAGAGAAGAUCGGAAUAGAGCGAGAGAACUAUACGUUGUCCGAAGAUCAUUUACCUAAUCACAUUCCGUCGAAAGUGGAGUAUGGCCUACCACACAUUUACAGUGAUUUGUUGAACUUCGCUGCCAAAUACUUGAAUACGGGAAGACGGCUUGUUUGCUGGUAUCCUUUAGUGAGAGAAGAGUACUCCCCUGACCAGCUGCCCUCGCACCCGUGUCUGCAGCUGGUGGCCAACUCGGAGCAGGUGCUGUCCAAGCUCACCUCGCGGCGGCUGCUGACGUAUGAGAAAAUAGCUGAUAUGGACGCUGACGUGCCUGCUGAUAGUAAUGGCGGCACGCAUAAUUUUAGGGAGAAAUACUUUUCGUCGGGCGAAGUGUCCCGAAGAGAGAGGAAGGAGAGACGCGCGGGAGAGGUGGCCGCCUACCAGGAGAGACUGCUCAGGCUAGAGGCCAUGGGGCAAAGCAAUAAUGUCACUUAAUAUCUAAGCCUAAGGUUUAUGUUCACUUGUAGUAAAAAAGCUAUGAUCAUCGGUAAUCUUCACGUUUUGAGCUGUAAAUGCUUGCGUAGUUUGGAGUUGUAAUAUUAUAUGUCACAAAUAGCGUUAUUGAUUCAACUAAAAACAUGAAGAUUGUCGAGGAAUCGACAGGAUUGUAAUCGGAAAGUGUGACAAGUUCAUUACCCUUUUUACGUGUUUAU